AUGGCCGACUCCGGUGACGGCGACGAACGCGCCCCUUACUCUGCAUACGCCGUUAGCAUCUACCAAAAUGGCAUCAUCUCUGGCAAGAUGCCCAUCGUGACAACUGAUCCCAAUGGCCUGCAAGCCCAGGCCAAGAAGGCACUGGGCCCCGAGGCCUUUGGUUACGUCUUCGGGGGGGCCGGAGAGCUGUCCACGAUGGAUGCCAACCGCCUGGCCUUCCGCCAGUGGAAGAUCGUGCCUCGCUUCCUGAGACCGAGCAAUCCUCGAGAUCUGAGAACUGAGCUGUUUGGCGUGACUUAUGAAUCUCCUGUCCUGAUGGCCCCCAUCGGCGUCCAGGGCAUCUUCCACGCGGACAAGGAGACAGGCUUGGCGGCGGCCUGCGCAGAGCUCAGAAUUCCGUACACCCUCAGCACGGCAGCGACCUCAACAAUCGAGGAGGUCGCCGAGGCUUGCGGCGACCAGCACCGUUGGUUUCAGCUGUACUGGCCCAUGGACGACGAGAUCACGGGCUCCAUCCUGCGCCGCGCAAAGGCCAACAGCUACAAGGUCCUCGUCGUGACCCUUGACACUGUCACCCUGGCUUGGCGGCCCACCGACCUCGAUCAGGCGUAUCUGCCCAUGGUCACGGGCACGGGCAACUCGGUCGCCUUCAGCGACCCCGUCUUCCGCAAGAAGUUCGCGGAACAGAACGACGGUGACGCCAUCGAGGACAAUCUCAUCAGCGCCUCCCGAUACUGGAUUAGCGAGGCUUUUCCGGGCGAUCACCACAGGUGGGAGGACCUGGCGCUGCUGAAGAAGCACUGGGAUGGCCCCAUCGUCCUCAAGGGCGUGCUGAGCGUCGAUGACGCUAGGCUUGCCGUUGAGCACGGCAUGUCGGGAAUCAUUGUCAGCAACCACGGCGGCCGCCAGCUUGACGGCGGCGUCGCAUCGCUGGAAAUGCUCCCCGAUAUCGUCGAGGCUGUGGGCGACAAGCUCACCGUCAUGUUCGAUUCCGGGAUCCGGACGGGGGCUGACAUCGUCAAGGCGCUCGCCCUGGGGGCCAAGGCUGUUUUUGUUGGACGCCCCGCCAUUUACGGACUGGGCAUCGCGGGCAAGGAGGGCGCAAAGGCUGUGAUUGCUGGGCUACUCGCUGAUCUCGAUUUGACCAUGGGAUUAGCCGGCUUCAAGAGCAUAUCCGACCUGAAGCCGCCUAUCCUGCGGCAUGUUCGGUACGGCGGAGAUGUCAAGGCAAAUCUUUGA